GGCGUAGCUUCCGCUUCCGGCGCUGGCUGGCCCGUCAUGGCGGCGCCCAACGAGGGAGGGGAGCGGAGGACUUUCGGAAGGCGGCUCCUCACCGACCCCGCCCGGCUUUUCCAGCACAACGCCUGGGAUAAUGUGGAAUGGUCAGAAGAGCAGGAAGCCAGUGCCAGGAGUAAAGUUCAAGAAAACAGCUCACAACUAUUGCCACAAGAUAAACAAGAGGAAUAUGAGGUGAAUGCUAAGAAAUACUGGGAUGACUUCUAUAAAAUCCAUGAAAGUGGCUUCUUCAAGGACAGGCACUGGCUGUUCACUGAAUUUCCUGAGCUAGUGCCUCACAGGAUCUCAAGUCAAAAUGGAGAUUCUGUGCAUAGAUUUAGUGACAGAGAAGAAUCCAAAAAGGAAGGGCUGGGAAGCUGUGAAAAUUGCCAUUGCUCAUUGGAAACCAGGACAGAGAAGCAGUUAAACCUGGUGAAAAGCCCACCUGAAGGCCACACGGAGGAGUUGGCUGCACAGAAAGACAGUGAGCUGAGUCAGCGUGAUGGGCAUUACCCAGGAUCAGCUGCAUCUUACCGGAUAUUAGAGGUUGGCUGUGGCGCUGGGAAUACAGUCUUCCCAAUUUUACAAACCAACAAUGACCCAGGCUUGUUCGUUUAUUGCUGUGAUUUUUCUACAGCAGCUGUGGAUCUUGUCCAGAACAAUGCAGAAUAUGAUUCUUCUCGCUGCUUUGCUUUUGUCCAUGACCUGUGCAAUGACCAAAGUCCUUUCCCAAUGCCAGAGGAGAGUCUUGACGUUGUUAUUCUUAUCUUUGUCCUCUCAGCAAUUCUCCCAGAGAAAAUGCAGUGCGUUGUGACCAGACUGAGUCGCCUUCUGAAACCAGGGGGAAUGAUCUUGUUGCGAGAUUACGGCCGUUAUGAUCUUGCCCAGCUUCGGUUUAAGAAAGGUCAAUGUCUGUCUGAUAACUUCUAUGUAAGGGGUGAUGGCACCAGAGUUUACUUCUUCACACAAGAUGAAUUAGAUCAUAUGUUCACCACAGCUGGGCUGGAAAAAAUCCAGAAUCUGGUUGAUCGGCGAUUGCAAGUGAACCGUGGGAAACAGAUGACGAUGUAUCGGGUGUGGAUCCAGUGCAAGUACUGCAAACCCACCACCCUCCAGCCAUGAGGCAUGUGGACUUUGGGCUGGAGCCUCUUCAUCUCCUCCUGCUGACAUGUGUGUGAUGCCAUUCUGCACACCCAUGACCUCAGUGCCUUGUACCAUGCCUGGCAUCACUUCAAGUGAGUUUUGCUAAGGGUGAAUGCCCUGAGAGUAGAGCAAGCAUUUUAGAUGUCAUAGAAUCACAGAAUAUACUGAGUUGGGAAGGACCUGUGAAGAUCAAGUCCAACUCCUGGCCCUGCACAGGACACCCCAACAAUCCCACCCUGUCCCUGAAAGCAUUUUCCAAACACUCGUUGAGUUCUGGAAGCCUUGGGGCAGUGACCCAUUCCCUGAGGAACCAGUUCAGUGCCCAACCACUCUUUUUGGGAAGAACCUUUUCCUGAUAUCCAGCUUAACCCUCCCUGGACACAGCUGUAGCCAUUUUCUUGAGUCCUAUCCCUGGUCAGGAGAGUGAAGAGAUUGGUUCCUGCCCCUGUUGAAGAUGCCAGUGAGGUUCUGACCUCAGUCUCCUCUUCUCCAGCUGAACAGACCAAAUGCCCUCAGCCAGUCCUCAUAUGUCUUCCCCUCAAUGCCCUUCACCAUUCUCAUGGCCCUUCUCUGGAUGGUCUCUAGUGGCUUAAUGUCUUUUUUAUAUUGUGGUGUCCAAAACUGCCCCCAGCACUUGAGGUGGAGCUGCCCCAAUGCAGAGCAGGACAAUCCCCUGCCUGACCAGGAAUGCUUUACCUAAUGCCCCAGGACACAGAUGUCCUUCCUGGCUGCCAGGACACUGCUGACUCAUGUUCAGCUUGCCAUGGACCAGGACUCCUGAGUCCCUUCCUGCAGCUGCUCUCAGCCUCAUUCCCCAGUCCACCCACACAUCCAGUCUUGCCCCUUCCCACAUGCAGAAUCCAGCACUUUCCCUUGUUGAACUUCCCACAAUUUGUCAAGGUUUCUCUGGAGGCCCUCUCUGCCCCUGAGAGACUCAACAGCUCCUCCCAGUUCUGUGCAGACAGCAAACUUCCUAAGUUUUCCUUCAAGUCCUGCAUCCAGGUCAUUAAUGUGGAUGUUGAAGAGCACAGGUUUGAGAAGGGUGCCCUUUAAGUGUCAUGCUACUGGUCUGCAUUUUAAAACUAAUUUAUGGUUUUAACCUAAGAGAUGGUCAUGGUGUCUUACCGCAACUGAGCAAGGUGAAUAGCUACUUGCUCAUACUCUGGAUUUCCAUAUGAAACAGGAGAGCUCUGACCUUAUUUCUAUCUUGUGUACUCUUGUCUUGGCAACAAACAUACAAAGGAUAAACCUGCUCUUCUCUGCAACUGCUUGCUGAUAUUAAUCCAUUGGCCAGCUUAUCUCGUGCAGCUAUUUCCUAGUCAUUCAGGUGUGUGCUAAUCCAUGAGUUAAAGUACAUUGAUCUGAGGGCAGGAACUGAGAUUAUGUGAGUCUCUCUGUACCAGCUUUCCCUGGAUGAUUCAAGGUGUGGAGAAAGCAAAUUAUGCUGUUCUGCCCUCACUGUCCACAAGGAUGUCCUCCCAGGGAAUCAGCAAAUAAUAGCUCAGAUGCUAUAAAUUACUCUCAGGCAGAGUUCAGGUUUUCAAAAGUUUGCUGCUGAUGCCGAUUUUGGGGCACCUUCAGAGUGCAGCAGAUCAGAAGCAGCUAACAGGACUAGGGUUUAUAAAUAAUUACCUGCUUUUCCUACUGGCUGCAGCUCCCAGGUUACAAACUACUCUGCCAUGGUGAUGUGCUAAACCAAAACACAUGAGACACUUUCUUUAAUCUGAAAUCUCCAGGAGGUUUAAUUUUUGCACUCUAGUUUAAUGUCUUAAGAGGAAGCCACCACUGUGGCUUCCAGAAGGGAUUUCCCUGUCUUUGACAGCAAAUACCUUUUAUCUCAGCUUGUUUUCUUCUGUUAUUUUUAAGUGUAGUAUGACAGAUACUAGAGUAAGUUUCAUGCUUUUCAGUGUUGGUUUGAUUCAUGUAAAUCAUGCUUGCAAAAACUGUAGCAAUGGGGAACAAAGUGACAUGAACCCCCUUAUGCAUCCAAAGGAGACUGCUUUUUUUAUACCUUUUCGCCCCUUUUUUUAUACCUUUAAUCUCCACCUGACAUAACUAAAACCAAACCGAGGCCUAACAGAACUUAACAGAAAGAAGGUACCCAUUGGCUGGCUCAGCUGCAGUGCUGCUGUCCACACAUCCUAUCAGCUUCCUGCUCAUACACUGUCCUUGCAUUCCUCCAGACAAUCAGCUUCCCACUCAUACCCUGUCCACGCGUUCUUCCAGACAGCCAGCUUCCCACUCAUACACUGUCUACACGUUCCUCCAGCCAAUCACAACCUCACUCCCAGCUGUCACUCAGCUGACUGUCUCCUCGCUCAUAACUGCCUCUCACCCCUCAACCAACUUCUACCGUCCGGCCUCCUACUGUGCCUUUCCCACAGGGCAUUCUGGUGAGCAUAAGCCUUAGGAACUUUAACAAUUAUACCCCCAUAUCCCACAUCUCCCCGCCUGCUUUGUUUUUAUUAGGCAACAAAAACCUAUUAGAAAAAACCUAAACAACUCCUAAAACAUUAAUAACAGUGACAACCAUAAUAACUAUAAAAACUUUUCAAAAACUGUAACAUGCUUAUAACAUAGAAACUAUAUGCACAUGGAAUCAGAAUGGUGCAACAAAAGGUUGCACACACCUUGAUGGAAUCCACUCUACCUGGUGGCCUGUGGAGACACAGGCAUAACCUCUUCCCCAUGUCAUUAAGUCCAGGGGUCCUUUCCAUUGUCCAGUUAAUUUACCAUUUACCAUUAAAUUUUAUUUUACCAAAGUCCUUUACCAUUACUGGAGGUCUUAGAUGAGUCUUUGUGUUGAAGGAAUACUGUCUCUCACAUGCAGUUUGGCCCAUCUCAUCCCAAUUUAAAAAAAUUCAGGACGUAUAAGGCUUUAACUAUUCUGCCAUGAGGACACCCCAACUCCCCCUCCUUUUGUUUUCCAAGCAUGGUUUUAAGGGUUCUGUGGGCAUGCUCGGCGAUAGCUUUCCCUGUGGGAGAGUAGAGAUGCCCAUAUGCUGAAACACACCCCAUUGCUGCAAGAAGUUAGCAGCUCGCUCUGAGGUGUAGGCAGGUCCGUUGAUGGUGUCGGGAAGGCCCAGAGUGGUGAAACAGGUGCGCCAGUGCCAGAUGGUAUCACAGGCCUUCUCUCCGCUAUGAGAAGUUGCCAUUAGAAAACGGGAAUAGGUGUCAAUAGAAACAUGAACAUAUUUCAAACGACCAAACUCUGGGAUAUGGGUAAUACCAGUUUGCCAAAUGGAGUUAGCUGUUAAGCCUUGGGGGUUAGGACCUUCUGCUAAAGGAGCAGGAGCAAUCCCACAACAGGAGGGACAAGACAACAGGAUAUCAUGAGCCUGUGAGGAGGUCAAUUGAAAUUGUUUGCAAAGAGAAUGAGCAUUCUGGUGGAAAAAGUCAUGAGAUAACUUGGCCUGAGCAAAAGUAUUUGGUACCACACGUCUCAUCACAGUAAUAUCUGCAUAGUUACUACCUUCUGCAAUAGGCCCAGGUAAACCUGUGUGGGAGCAAACAUGUAACACAGAAAAAUCAUGCUGCUGGCUGUUAAUCAAAGUCCACAGUGUUCUUAACUCUGUAAACAAAAGAUGGUUAUUAACAUGCUUUAAAUAGGAAGAUUCUAAACAGAAUGCAACAUUGGGAGCAUAUGAGGAAUCAGUUAUGAUGUUAAGUGGUUCCUUUGGAAAUAACUGAAAGUCAUAUCAGAUAGCAGCCAAUUCUAAAAUUUAUACUGAAGCAUCUUUUAACAUUAAUACCCUUUUAUGCCACUGGGCAGAGUCACCUCCACACCAGAGUCACCUCCACCAGUUUUGUUGGUUUUGCUGGAUCUGUCUGUAAAAACAGCUGGUCCAUUGACAGGGGGUCAUGCUGCAGUGACACUUUGCAUACAAGGGGAGGUUACCUGUCUCUGUCUAUAAACAAUGGGAUAAUGGAUAGAUAAUUGUCCAGAAAAAUCUGCAAGUACAAUUUGAAAGUUAGUGUCUUCUGAUAGCAACCAUGUGAAAUUUCUUGCCAUGUCUUUACUUGCAGGUAUGUAAAUGGUAUGUGGAUCUUGGCCGUGGAGAGUUUGUAGUCGCUCUUUGCCUUUCUUAAUUAAAUUAGAGGAUAUAUCAUUAACAGUC